UACAAAUAAUAAAAAUCUCAAAAAGCAUAGAAAAGUGAAAAAUAAAUAUGAAAUUGCAUAUUAAUAUAUUGUGUUACGCCUUUAUUGGUUUAGCAUGGAUUACGCCCAUUUUUUCACAGCGCUUCAAUCAAAGACCAGCUCAACAGUACAACUGUGUUACUCCCGAUAAUUAUUAUGGCUAUUGUGUUCUCCUGAGUUAUUGUCCUCAAAUUGCAAACAUAUUUCAGACAACAAAUCGACGUGUUGCCGAGCAGUAUAUUAUUGGGCUACAAAGAAGCUGCGGUACACGUAAUGUAAAUGGUGAUCCAGUGGUGUGCUGUACAAGACCACAACAACAACAACAACAACAGCAACAAAAUAUCAGAACAACGCCAAAUCCAGUAACUCAACCAACAAAUCCAUUUUUUCCAACAGGUCGACCAAUAACACAGGCACCAAUAACGCAAGCACCAAUAACACAACCUCCGACCACAACAACAACAACCACACCACAGCCAAUAACAUCGGCACCACUUAUUGAACCAAAAGGUACCUACUGUCGUGGUCCUGAUAUACGCGAAGGUUCAUGCAUAGAUCUUAAGAACUGCCAGGAACUUGUGAAUGAACUUUAUGCUAAGCAGAAUGAUCAAACAUUUGCAAAUUUCUUACGUGCAUCAAAUCGUAUUUGUGGAGCUACUGGUAGCAUUGUCUGUUGCCCAACUGGCACAAGUCAGCAGUUAACAACUACUCCAACACCCAGAGUGAACAGCAAUGAAAUACCAACACGUUUACCGACAGUGACUGAAGGUUGUGGUUACACCGCAAGUUCCUAUAAAAAGAUUGUGGGUGGUGAAGUGAGCAAGAAAGGUGCUUGGCCGUGGAUAGCUUUGCUUGGUUAUAACGAUGAGUUGUCUUCAUCUCCUUUCAAGUGUGGUGGCACACUCAUUACGGCUAGACAUGUGAUAACAGCAGCACAUUGUAUACGUAGUGAUUUGAGUUUUGUGAGAUUAGGUGAACAUGAUUUAUCUACCGACACUGAAACUAAGCACGUCGAUAUUCCUAUUGUUAAACAAGUGGUAAACACGGACUAUAAUAAACGUAACGGUCACAGUGACAUUGCACUACUAUAUCUUGAACGAAAUGUGGAAUUUAAUGACUUUAUAUCGCCAAUUUGUUUGCCAAAUACACCCGAAUUGCGGCAAAAAUCAUAUGUAAGCAGCACUCCAUUUGUAGCAGGUUGGGGUAAAACAAUGGAAGGUGGCAUAUCGGCUAAAAUUCUGCAAGAACUACAAAUUCCCAUCUACAAAAAUGAUGUAUGCAGACAAAGUUAUGCUAAUGAAAAGCGACUUUUUACAGAAAAUCAGUUCGAUACCGCUGUUAUUUGUGCUGGAGUAUUAUCUGGCGGAAAAGAUACAUGUCAAGGAGAUUCUGGCGGUCCACUCAUGAUACCAGAGCCUUACCAAGGUAAUGUGCGCUAUUAUCUUAUAGGCAUUGUGUCGUAUGGUAUUGGUUGUGCACGUCCAAAUAUUCCAGGUGUAUAUACAAGUACACAAUAUUUUAUGGACUGGAUAAAUGGAAUGGUAGCAAAUACUCCAUGAAAAUUUUUAUUUAUUUAUUUUUCUUUUUUUUAAAUUUU